AUGGCCGAGCAAAGCUUUACCAUGUUCCUGCAACAGGACGACAAGGAAAUGACACGGUACUCUGACCACCACUCUCACGGCGUUGCCUAUACGUCGGCCUCGAUGGAUAUGGGCAUCCCCGCCGACACCUACAGCGCAUAUGCAGGCUCCCUCGCGACCACCAUGGGCAGCCUCGAGCAGACCAUGUACAGCAGCGAACACGGCAUGCCCAGCUACAUCCUCAAUACCCGCACCUCGCCGAGCACAUAUCACGACGAUGGCGAUAUGAGACUGUCUUCGUCGGGUCUGUCAACAGCUUCGGCGCCGUCGGCGCCGUCCUCUGUCGUCGGAUCACCACAGUCACAUACCGGCCAUCUCGGCGUCCCGGAGUGGGCUACUAUGCAACCCGGUAUCGUGGGCGACUACAUGACGGGAGGUGACUACCCGACUUUCUCGAGCUCGAAUGUGGAUGACAUGUCGACAUUUGAUUUUACGCAAGCCAAGACUUUUGUUGCUGCUGCCCAUCGACAGUCCUAUAUCCGACGUCAUGGCUGCAUCCUGAACGGCGGCGCCGAGGCAGCGUCAGGUUCUGUAUCGGUGGACGCUGCAGCGCAGGACUCUCAGGUCGGUUUAGCGUGCAUCGCCGAGCCACAGGACCCGCUUGCCCCGACUUGUUCAGCUGGCCACUUGCACAGCCAGCCAGCAAGCAGCCUACACAGCCUGCCUGUGGAACGGUUUUCGUCCUUUCUGACUGCAGCGCAAAUCUUCAGCCUCAGUGCCGUCUACCGCUGCCUGUCCUUGUCCCAUCCCUCCUUUUCUUCAUAUGCCUCGCAUCCAUCGUCCAUCGUCCAUCAUUCAUCAUUCAUCAUCACUUUUUACUUGCAGUCUUGCACCAAUUCCUCUCCUCGUUUCCUCGCACUCUACCGAGUACACCGGGGGGCUUCGGGCUAUUUCUCCAACCGAGACAUUGCCGUGGGAUGCCCACCAGUCUGUGCAUUUGUCCACCACACUUGCACACUCAGCGCCCCACUUCCUGUUUGGCCUUCAAUUCGUCGCACCCCGGUGCUCUACCGUGGCAGCUUUACUGACAAGAUGAUCCCGGCUCCAGAUCCCUCGCUGAUCCACCCUGAGAUUGGACAGCCGAACCCAAUGUCCUUUUCGCCAUAUGAUGCCGGCUUCCAUCAACCCGUCCAUCCGUAUCCCGCCUCUCCCUCGCUCGCCGCCUCGCCUCAACCUUCGAUGAUGCGCACCAGCUCCUCUUCUCCUUACCUCCACAAUGGCUCUUUCCAGACCGGCUUCGCUCACAGUCCCUACGGCACCCCCAUGGACCCCGCCGCUCGCCGCCAGAGCAUGGCCGGCGGCUUCAUUUCGCCUGGCUCUGCCGAGAACUUCUCCGGCGACGAGACCAAGGAGCGCCAGCGCUGCACGUACCCCGACUGCGGCAAGGUCUUCAAGGACCUCAAGGCGCACAUGCUCACGCACCAGACUGAGCGCCCCGAAAAGUGCCCAAUCCAAACUUGCGAGUACCACAUCAAGGGCUUUGCUCGCAAGUACGAUAAGAAUCGCCACACAUUGACCCAUUACAAGGGGACCAUGGUUUGUGGUUUCUGUCCCGGCUCCGGCUCGGCCGCCGAAAAGUCGUUCAAUCGCGCCGACGUUUUCAAGCGCCAUCUCACAACGGUCCAUGGUGUCGAGCAGACGCCACCAAACUCACGCAAGAAGGCCCCCACCGGCAGCAACACCGGCAAAAAGCUUACUGGCUACGCGCCCGAUGCUACUGGCAAGUGCAGCACUUGCUCCCAGACCUUCUCCAAUGCACAAGACUUCUAUGAGCAUUUGGAUGACUGCGUCUUGCGCAUUGUUCAGCAAGAGGAUCCUGCCGAAGCCAUCAACGCCCAGCGCCUCGCCGAGGUGGAGAAUGACAGUAGCGUUCACCAGACUUUGGAGAAGAAUAAUUUGCCUACCGCCACGCCUUCGAACCAGGGUACUCCCGGCGAAGAGGACGAAGAUGACGAGGAAAUGGAAGACGACGGCGAGGACCGCCUCAAUGCGUCUCCCAAGAAGAAGCUGUCUCUCAUUAACGGCGUUUCCAAGUCGCGUGGCCUAACGCAUUCCCGCGGCGGUGUUCCCCUCAUUGGCAAGACACGAGGUCGCAAGAAUCGCAAGGAUUACCCCUCAUCUUGGGGCUUCGACAAGGGUCAAAUGACCAUGAAGAAGCGCAUCAUGGCCGUCUUCGAUGGCGGGCGCCGCCUGGCCAAGGAUGAUCUGAUGCUCUCUACCGACCGUGAGGUUCGCCUUAAGCUCUCGGAUGGCAAGGCCUACGUCACAGACCUGGACGUGCAGACCAUGAAGCGCGCUGAAGGUUUCCUAAACGCCACCGAGGACGAAAAAGGUCCCUGGAUCUCCGACGACCCUACCGAGGAGCAGAUUAUGGAGAUGCAGAGGGUACAACAAAUCCUUAGCAUCACCGAGCCCGCCGCAGACCCGACACCCGCUUCUUCGUGA